AUGGAAGAAACAUUUGGGCAAGCUUGGGAUAGAUUUAAAGGAUUGUUGAGAGCAACCCCGGUUCAUGGGUUUGACAAAGCUUCUUACUUGCUAGCAUUCCUUGGAGGAGGAAAGAGGAGAUUAGAAGAAGAAACAAUUGAGAUUAGCAGCAGCGAGGACGAAGAGGAGGAAAGGAUGAGUAAUACACAUAAGAGAAGCGAAAGGAAGAAAUCAGAAAGAGAAAAGGAGAAGGAAGACAUUAAAGAGUCACUCCGCAAAAUUCUUAAGGAGGCACCUCUUAAUCCUAUAACAUCUUCACAAACUCUUGAGGGUGAUGACAAGAUCAAAUACUAUCUGGAGAGCGAGGUGUACACUAUAGACCCCAGAAAUAUUGAACACAUACUGAAAACCAACUUUGAUAAGUACUCCAAAGGUAAGUAUAACCAGGAUAUUGUGACUGAUCUUUUUGGUGAGGGGAUUUUUGCAGUUGAUGGUGACAAGUGGAGGCAGCAAAGGAAGCUUGCAAGCUAUGAAUUCUCCACAAGGGUUCUUAGAGAUUUCAGUUGUUCUGUUUUUAGAAGAAAUGCUACCAAGUUGGUCAGAAUUAUCUCAGAACUUUCCCAUCAGGGUCAAGUUUUUGAUAUGCAAGACAUGCUAAUGAGAUGCACUUUGGACUCAAUAUUCAAAGUUGGGUUUGGAGCAGAAUUGAAUUGCUUGGAGGGGUCAAGCAAAGAGGGAAGCAAAUUCAUGAAAGCCUUUGAUGAAUCAAAUGCUUUGAUAUAUUGGCGCUAUGUUGUAAUAGUGUAAUACAAAAUAGUGUGAGUAUGAAAUUGAAGUUCGACUAGAAGGAGGACGAGAAAUCCUUUAGUUUUCUAUAACUUAAAAUUAAAAUUAAGUUCUCCUGAACAGAUCUGGCUAAGUGUUCUUGAAUAGGGCCAAUAUCAGGGUGUAAGGUCUAUGAGUUUACCACUAAUCAUGUUAACCAUUGCCAUAUGAGAGGUCUUGCCCUUUUUAUAAGAGUUUUGGAUUUUAAAAUGGAUAUAUCAGGUAGAAGCUUUUGAAGGUCAGGUGUGUGAGUAUGAAAUUGAAAGAAAGCUUUGGAGGAGAAAGUACUGGAGGAGAUAUUAUCCAAACUUGGUUGAGGGAGAAAUACAAUCACGUAAUAGUGUAAAACAAAAUAGAAUUGUAGUUCUAUACAUUAUCCAUAUCCAAAUAGUUAAUUAANGUCCCUUUGCAAAUAGUAAUUUAUAUUUUUAGUCGGAUUAGAAUUGGCUACUAGGAAAACUUUGCAAUCAGAUAGAUGAAACAUGNAGAAAAANCCUCUGAAAAAAGAGCAUUCCCCAUCUCAAGCUCCUCUAAAAAAACUUUAAUAAGGAUACCCUCACCUAAACUAUAGUAAUACAUUCCUGGAAAAUAAAUUUCCAGUUCCAACAUCUACCAAGCUGUUACUAAUUUGCUUAGCAUUU